AUGCAGCGUUUGGACGGCUACAUCGCCCGCCCGCUCACCCAGCGGUCCAGAGCCCCUCAAGCUUGCCGCCGCUGCAGGCAAAGCAAGUCCAAGUGCGAUGCCAGCCAUCCCGCUUGUGAGCGAUGCAUGAGAUACAACCGGUCCUGCGAGUACACGCGAAACACUAGGGAUAGGCGUAUGGAUCGUAGGGAAGAAAGGCGAGCGCACGUUGCGCUGGCAAAUCGCGUCCGGCAACUCGAGGUUCAGUUGGCCUCGGCUACCCAACACCCCAAUGCCUUUGAUGAUAACGAGGCCUCUCCAGCAGGUCAUGGGGCGCACACGACAGCUUCCCCCACCGGAUCAAGGAACUUUCCUCCGUAUUACCCGCUGGGCCAUGCUAAUCCAGCCUCGCAGCCCGUGCCGGAGCCGAGUGCCGAUGCCAUUGCCACGGGUGUCUUUGACGAUCACGCCGAUAAUGCUGAUAAUGCUGACAUUGGCUAUUUCGGUGCGAGCUCUAAUCAUGCUUUCUUCUGGUCUCUCACAUCCUCUCUGGAAGAGCUCGACAAAAGACAGCCCGAUAAUCAGAAGCUUCCUACACUCAAGUUUGUCGCCAGCAGUGCGCCUAGAAGACUGCCGCUACCACCUUUAAGGACAAUCACUUCAGACACGUAUGCUGCCAUGCAAGACGAUGCGUUUCCGGGCCGUGAACGAGCCAUUGAAUUGCUGAACCGCUUCUUUGAUACCAUUGCUGUUGUCCAUCCGUACGUUGGCAAGUCUGUUCUGCUAAGGGAGAUUGACGUGAUUGAAUUGAGGACUGGCACCUGGCAAUCAUGCUCGCCCAGCAUGCAGGCUCUUCUCAACAUUGUCUUUGCUUACGCGCUGGCGACGUAUGAAGAUGGCGCUUCGGAGCCAUUUUAUCGUCGGGCGUUGGGUCUGCUGGAUGAAAGAGGACUGUACAAGCCAGCUGUCGAGUCUUCACUGCUUCUUCUUGCGAGCUUCCAACAGAACAGUCAACGGGCCAUGGAAAGCGUCACGACGCUCUUCCGAGCGGUCAAAGCCGCCUACCAGAUUGGUGUUCACUCGCCGUCGUCGUAUGCGAAGCUGGGUUGGAGGGAUCAGGAGCUGCGAUCAGCACUUUGGUUUGCCGUAGUGCAUACUGACAGACUUAUUGGUUCUGGACUUGGGCGUCCGUUCUUGAUUCCAGAGCAGCACGUGCGCAUCCGUCCUUUCGACAUGAUGAGGUUGGAUGCGGAUAGCUUAGACCAUGAUUAUGCGGCCUCCAAAUCAAACACUCUCUUCUUCCACCAAGUGAUCAAAAUCGACCAACUCCUCGGCAGUACCGUUGAUCUGAUCCACGAAUCAAACAUGACCUUGACUCACACCCUAAGCUUAAGCGAGCUGGUACCGUACAUCAUGGAUCUGCUCCGCCGGUUAGAGCAUAUCGAAGAAAAGAUGUCACCGUUCAACCUACUGCUAUCCAGCUCCAACAUUAGCACCUGGACGUCGUGCGACUUGACCCUUCGACGGCACGACAUUGUGUUGACCUUGUACCACUAUCGAGCGGCCAUGCUGAUUUUCGCCCCGCUACUCUUGGCCGUUCUCGGAUACGUAUCGAAACCGACUGCAUCAAGCGAAUCGAAUAUUCACGUGAACAUUGCAAUGUCGUUGCUGCGGUCGUACUUGCAGACGAUUGACAACUUUCACAACCUGCUGUGCAGGGUUCUGGUCCUACAGCGGUCUUUUCUCAAGUGCAACGCAGUGUGGUGGCUCUGCAACUACAUGAUGGUCUCGAUUAAUCUACAUCUGUUUGGAUUCUGGGUCAUUUCAACCAACAGCACGGACCUGGUUUCACUAGGCGUGGAUGGGCAGGACAUUGAAAUCCUGAUGCGCCACGCAUUGGAAAUGUUGAAGUCGGUAGGCGGUUCGAGUAUCAUGAGCCGGAAGGCACAUCGAUGUCUUCAACGAUAUCUGGACGUCUUUACGAGCCACGGCCGGAGAAUGUCGACGCAAUGCGGCCACACGCAGGCCGUGGUGACGGACGGACAGGCUUCAGAGUCGUGGUCUUAUAGCUUCCCUCCAAUGGGGAUUGACACCAGCCGCGAGGCCUGGGAGAGCAACAUGGAUUUGCUUGCCGGCUUGCGCGCGGAGGAUUUUCUCGGAACCGACUUUUUCGCCAUGGGGUACAACAUUAGCGACUUUGAUGCUACCGGCUUCAUCUGA